AAGACAUCGAAUUUCAUCGAUAGUCAAAUUCACCAGAGGUAAAUCAGAUGUAUGGAAAUACUUCCUCGUAAAAAAAGACAAGAAAACAGGAAAAGUUACAGAAAACAUAGCCGUUUGUUCAAAGUGUAAAAUUGAAGUGAAAUGCCCCGGUGGAACUACCAACCUGAACAGUCACAUGAGGAGACAUCAUCCGAAUUUGCUCACGGAAGAUCCAAAUCCUACGAAGACUACUUCAGAAAAAUUAGAGGUUAAAACAUCUGUUGUAAAUACUGUACCUAUAUCUGGAAACUUGGUUUCUUUGUUUGGUAAAAAGUACCCUUCAAAUGCGGAACGUUCAAAGAAAAUCACGGACAAAAUUGCUAGAUUUAUUGUCAAAGAUCUUCGACCAUUUAGCAUGGUUGAUAGCCCAGAGUUCAGAGAUAUGAUAGCUUGUUUGGAUAAUCGUUACCAGGUCCCCUCCAGAAAGACAUUUAGUGAAGUUGUCAUUCCAAAAAUGUAUUCAGAUGUGAAAGUUCAAGUUCUAAGUAGUCUUCUUGAAGCAGAGCAAGUAGCACUGACCACUGAUGGCUGGAGUUCACGAGCUACAGAAUCCUACAUUACGAUUACCUCCACCCAUAUUGACAAAGAUUGGAAUCUUUGUAAUUUUGUUUUGCAAACCAGGAUGAUGCCAGAAUCUCAUACAGGAGAAAAUGUUGCAGAGGUUUUGAGAAACGCUGUGAAGGAAUGGAAAUUGCCCACUUCUCAUGGAUUUCCACCAGUUGUCUCUGACAAUGCUGCCAAUAUGAUGAAAGCAGGUGAACUCCUCGGAAACAUUCACAUUAACUGUUACGCACAUACGUUAAAUUUAGCUUGUCAAAAAUGCCUUGCAGUUAAGAAACUGGAAAAUAUUCUAGCAAAAAUUAGAAGAAUUGCAGCUUUUUUUCACAGAAGCAACAUUGCAGCUGCUUUGCUCAAGAAUACAGCUGAAAGUUUAUCACUGCCUCAACACAAAUUAAUAAUGGACGUCCGCACAAGAUGGAAUAGUGCCUACGAUAUGAUCUCACGAUUUCUCGAAAUGCAGGUAGCAAUAUUUGCUACCUUGAAAUCAAAGGAGUUAGGAAAAGAAAGAGAAGCAGAAUUCAAGUCUUUCCAUGAUGAUGACUUUACUGUGGCAGAGGAAGUGGUCCAGCUGUUAAAGCCGUUUAAGGAUAUAACAACACUCCUGUGUUCAGAAAAAUCUCCCACUUUGUCCAUUAUCUUGCCACUUCACAAUAAACUUCUGGACAAGCUUCGUGAACAAAAUGAUGAUACCCCAACAGUCCGCAGCAUGAAAAAUAUUAUGUAUAAAGACUUGAAAGAAAGAUAUAAUCGGAUUGAACACACUCUACGUAUUGUUUCUGCUUUGGAUCCGCGGUUCAAGAUGCUUCCAUUUUUAUCAGAAAAUGACAGAUCAGCGGUUUACUCUGAUAUUGUGUUAGAAGUCUGUAGAGUACAGAGUAUAAUCAAAGUGAAAAGAGAGAAAGAAGACAAAGAAGCUGAAUUAGAUGAUGUUGAAGUCCUGAAUGAGCCACCCCUCCCCUCACUGUCUUCAGAUUCUCCAGAUGUUAGCCCUGUCAAAAAAAGAGUCAAAGCAGAAGGUUCUUCCUCUACUUGCGGUGAUUCUAUGGAAUCUGUGCUCCACAGCUUUCUUGGUGAUGUAUACAUUACUGAUGUUGAGCCUCCAAAAUCACCAAGUACUAUUGCUGAGCAGCAGGUGAAUGAAUACAGAAGUGCCCGAGCAAUACCUCUUCAGGAAAAUCCUUUUCUUGAAACACAUGAUGCCCUCAUUCUAUAUGCUGAGAAAGAUGCAUCUUUAGCACAACAACUACAACAAGAUCUUGAGGAGAAUGUGGAUCUUCCCAAUCUCAAUGUCAUACUGUAUGAAGAAUUUGCUCCAGAAGUCCAGUCCCAUUUUGGGACGAUGACAAUUUUGUUUCAAAGAUGUAGAUAUUUACUUGUGCUUGUCACAAAAAACUUCACAGAGGCGAGUUUUAGUAAAUUUCAACAUGAAAUUGCACUAAAAGACUCCAUUGAAAACUCAGAAAAGAAUGAAAGAGUGAUUCCUGUAUGGGGAGAGAUAGGAGCAAAAGACAUUGUGAUGGAACUUUCUGUUUUCAAAGGCAUUGAUUAUUCAUUAUCAUUGCAAGGGGAUGAUAGGUCAAGAGUCUUUUUCCAAUUUAAAAAAGCAUUUGAGUAUGGCAGAAAAAAUAUCAAAAAUUUUCCAAAACAGCAGUAA